AUGAUAUUUUGUCGGCAGUUAUCGUGCCUGGUGACUCUUUUGUAUACCAGCGCAGGCGUUUUAGGAUACCCGGCUUGCGUGAAGGCUCCAGCUGGUGACUGCACAUACCCGUCUCUGAUUAAUGCGACGUCAGAUCAACUCCAGGAUGGCUUGAGUAAAGGAUGCUUCACGAGCGCUGAUUUGGUCAAGGCAUACGUGAAAAGAAUCCACGAGGUUAACUCGACUCUGCACAUGGUGUUGGAGAUCAAUCCAGAUGCAAUGCAAAUUGCCCAGAGUCUCGACGAGGAGAGAAAGAGGGGGAGUACUCGAGGACCUCUCCACGGCCUUCCCAUUCUGGUCAAAGAUCUGAUAGGCACAAACGACAAAAUGGAAACGGCUGCCGGCUCGUACGCACUCGUUGGCGCAAAAGUACCCGAAGAUUCAACCGUCGUGGCCAAACUCAGAGAAAGCGGGGCUAUCAUCCUCGGCAAAACGAGUCUCUCGGAAUGGGCGAACUUCAGAUCCUCGGAUUCAUCGGAUGGUUGGAAUGCGAGAGGAGGUCAGACAUAUGCUGCCUACAUUCAGGAUCAGACCCCCAGCGGAAGUUCUAGUGGCAGUGCCGUUUCUGCUGAUUUGGGGCUCGCUCUGGCAGCGCUUGGGACGGAGACAUAUGGAAGUAUCCUCUGGCCCAGCGAAAAGAGCAACAUUGUCGGGAUCAAACCAACAACCGGACUGACCUCACGGCAUAUGGCCAUUCCAAUCAGCGAACGCCAGGAUACCAUCGGACCCAUGGCCAGAACGGUUAAAGACGCGGCGAUGGUCUUGCAGGCUAUUGCUGGACAGGAUCCUAAAGAUAACUAUACAUUGGCCUCGCCAUUUUCCGCCGGUUUUCCGGACUAUGUCGCGGCGUGCAAAUCCUCGGGUUUACAAGGAAAGCGAAUCGGGAUCCCUCGCAACGUUAUUAACCAUAAUGGUGGGAAUGAUACUUUUGUUGUACCCGCCUUUGAAGCCGCCAUUUCGGAAAUAGAGGCUGCAGGAGCGACUAUUGUUGACGAUGCCAACUUCACGGCUUAUGAAGAAUCCGUCAAUUCGAAUACUUACAUCGAAAUGAUGGCUCUAGAUUUCAUCAGCAAUAUCGCAAACUACCUUUCCGGCCUGAAAAUCAACCCAAACAAACUUUACUCCCUGAACGACAUCCGAAAUUUUACACAACACGAACCCCUGGAAGAUUUCCCAGACCGCAACACGGAAUCAUGGGACAUGGCCGUGUCAGUAGGACUCAACAAUACAUCUCCGCAAUUCUGGUCGUUGUACCAGCAAGCCCUCAAGAUCGGUGGUGAUGGAGGUAUCCUAGGUGCUCUCACGCGGCAAAACCUAGAUGCUGUCAUACUGCCCACUGCUGUCGCUCCUGCAAUUCCAGCCAUGGUUGGCUCGCCAGUCAUCACAGUUCCGCUUGGCGUGUUCCCAGAGGGAACGCCUGAAAUAAAGGAUCGUGGAGUCGUGUACAGUGCUCCUGGGAUUCCUUUCGGAAUUAGUUUCCUUGGAGCGAGAUGGAGCGAGGAACAGCUGAUCGGGAUGGCGUAUGCUUUUGAACAGCGGACAUUGAAGAGGGAUCAGUUGCGACGCAUCAUUGAGCCGAAGACGGAGUUGAGGGAUGUCUUAUAG